CAGAAUCAAUUAUACACACACAUUUUCUUGUCCUUAGUUCAAGAUCUUUUUUAUCUUUUUCGUUUUUUUUCUGUGUCUCAGAAAUAGGCGUGCUAAUAAUUCCGGUAGUAUCACAUUGACGUUGAUUUCAAUAACUAAUAAAUAAAACUGUCUUUAGAGCAUAUAUUAACCCCAAACAUCCCAAAUCUGGAAAGAAAGAAAGUAAAUGAGAGAGAGAGAAGGGAAAGAUGGGAUCGAACUCUUUGCAAAAUGAAAAACCACAUGCUGUUUGCAUCCCAUAUCCAGCACAAGGCCACAUAAACCCUAUGCUAAAACUUGCCAAAAUUCUUCAUCACAAAGGUUUCCACAUCACUUUCGUUAACACUGAAUUCAACCACAAACGUUUACUCAAAUCCAGAGGUUCAAAUUUCUUAAAUGCCUUGCCUACUUUUCGAUUCGAAGCCAUCCCGGAUGGGCUUCCUCCAUCAGAUGUUGAUGCAACUCAAGAUAUCCCAUCCCUUAGUGAAUCCAUUUCCACAAAUUGUACAGCCCCGUUUAAGGAGCUACUGGCAAAACUUAAUCGUGAUGCCGCGGUUUCUUCGCCGCGGAUUAAUCCGCCGGUUUCUUGUAUUGUUUCUGAUGGAGGGAUGAUCUUUACCCUUGAAGCUGCUGAGGAGUUUGGCAUCCCUGAAGUGUUAUUUUGGACAGCAAGUGCUUGUGCUUCCUUGGGUUAUUGCCAGUUUUCUAAGCUUAUUGACAAGGGCAUCAUACCUUUCAAAGAUGCACAUUAUUUAACAAAUGGAGAACUUGACCAAACAUUGGAUUGGAUUCCGGGAAUGAAAAAUAUACGGUUGAGAGACCUCCCAACUUUCAUGAGAACUACAGAUCCAGAUGAUGUAUUGGUGAAGUACAUACUCCAAGUAACUGGCCCGCCGGUCCAAAAGGCUUGUGCAAUAGUUUUAAACUCGUAUGAUGAACUUGAGCAAGACUUUCUUCAACCACUUUCAACCAUUUUUCUUCCUCCUAUUUACACCAUUGGGCCACUAAAUCUUAUGGAAGAAAAAGUGCACAGUGAUGAUGAAAAAUUAGCAGCUUUGAGGUCAAAUCUCUGGAAAGAAGAACCAGAAUGCCUUGAAUGGCUUGACAAGAAGGAUCCGAAAUCUGUUGUUUAUGUCAACUUUGGGAGCAUCACGGUCAUGACAUCUGAACAACUUGUGGAGUUUGCAUGGGGGCUUGCAAAUAGUCAAACACCAUUUUUAUGGAUCAUUAGGCCUGAUCUUGUUUCGGGUGAUUCCGCGGUUCUUCCUCCUGAAUUCUUGGAGGAAGUCAAAGGGAGAGGAUUAAUGGCCAGUUGGUGUCCCCAAGAACAAGUUCUUAAGCACAAAUCUGUUGGAGGGUUUUUGACUCAUAAUGGAUGGAAUUCAACCCUUGAAAGUAUUAGCUAUGGUGUGCCUAUGAUUUGCUGGCCAUUUUUCGCUGAUCAACAAACAAAUUGCUGGGCUUGUCGAACUAAGUGGGGAAUUGGCAUGGAAAUCGACAGUAAUGUGAAGAGGGAUGAAGUUGAGAAUCUUGUUAGGGAGUUAAUGGCUGGGGAGAAAGGGAAAAUCAUGAAGGAAAAAAGCUUGUACUGGAAGAACAAAGGUGAGGAAGCUGCUAAAAGUCCAAGUGGUUCUUCUUGCUCCAAUUUGGAGAAGAUUAUCAAAUUGCUUCUUCAAUCCUAAUUUCAAUGUCUUUAAUUAGUUCCAGACAUUAGGCUCCCUCCAUGUCUUGUAGCUUUUUCGCUGUAACAGUUACAUAUAUCAUAUGCGAAUUGUUACAUGAACCAUGAUUCAUAUUGUAAUGUAAAUCCAUCACCAUCUAUUGAUUAUGCUUAUACUUAAGUGUUCGUACUUUCUUUUAAAGAUCACCAUCAAUAGGGAUGACCGAUUAGUGGUUAGGUUAUUGUUUUUUCUGGUAAUAUAUCAGGGUUCGAUUCUCACCAGGGUUUGUAAGAGUGGGAGGGGUACUCACAUUUAAGUGGGGUCCACUGAGUGGAUUUUUU